AUGGCUUUACCAAAAGCAAUAGGAUACAUGAUUAUUCUUCUGGCCAUAUUCUACAGUCUGGAGCACCAAGGAUACAGAGAGCCUCUGAAUACAUUCUUCAAGGAACUGCUGGGGAUAAAAGCAUCACACAGUCAUGCCAGAGAAAAGAGAGUGUCCACCAUAAACACCAGAGAGGUCAUAGUCCAAGCUGUGGUGGACGCCUCUGACCUGGACCAGAUCAGAUUACUGUUGUCUAGUGAUCCUGUCUUUUCAGUCCUCGAUGGCAGUGUUUUAAUUUCCAGUGCUGAAGCCACUUCAGUGUGUUCUUCAAAUAUGACCGAAUAUGAGUGCAGAUGUGAGGACAGCCUGGCUUGGUCGUAUAACAACUGCAUCACCUACGGAGCCUGUGAUGAAAUUGUUGGCGACACUUGCAACUGCAUCAACGCUCUUCCAGAAGACGGCCAGCACUGUCAGCCAGUGGUCACUGAUUUGGUCGUUGACGUGAGAAUCCCAGUCUCCGUCCUUGAAGGAUACGGCGUCUCUUUUAUCAGGACCUAUCUGAAUAGUUACCCGGGCCCUUUCAUCAUCAAUGAUUUCACACAAAUCAUUGACUUGAAUUUAACCACAGUGUGCUAUCCAGGCUUAAAUGGAGGUCUGCAGUGUCGGUGUGAGGAGCAGUUCGCUUGGUCAUGUGACACGUGUAUCGACCACACCGUGUGCAGUAACACCACCUUCACGAAUGACUCCUGUGGAUGCAUCAAUGCGCUCCCUCCCGGAGGAGAGCUGUGUGAACCAAUCACAAUGUGCUAUCCAGGCUUAAAUGGAGGUCUGCAGUGUCAGUGUGAGGAGCAGUUCGCUUGGUCAUGUGACACGUGUAUCGACCACACCGUGUGCAGUAACACCACCUUCACGAACGACUCCUGUAGUUGCAUCAAUGCGCUUCCUCCCGGGGGAGAGCUGUGUGAGCCAAUCACAAUGUGCUAUCCAGGCUUAAAUGGAGGUCUGCAGUGUCGGUGUGAGGAGCAGUUCGCUUGGUCAUGUGACACGUGUAUCAAGCACACCGUGUGCAGUAACACCACCUUCACGAACGACUCCUGUGGAUGCAUCAAUGCGCUUCCUCCCGGAGGAGAGCUGUGUGAACCAAUCACAAUGUGCUAUCCAGGCUUAAAUGGACGUCUGCAGUGUCAGUGUGAGGAGCAGUUCGCUUGGUCAUGUGACACGUGUAUCAAGCACACCGUGUGCAGUAACACCACCUUCACGAACGACUCCUGUGGAUGCGUCAAUGCGCUUCCUCCCGGAGGAGAGCUGUGUGAACCAAUCACAAGGACGACACCCCCACCACCACCAACGACAACGACUGUUGUAGAGAAGUUUCGACUCAUCAUGAACAUCAAGUAUAGCAAGGAAUACAACAACCCAGACAAUGAUGUUCAUCAAAAUGUUAAUGAAAUUAUUCAAGCCAAGUGUAAGGAGACCAUUGAAACCUUCAAAUCAGCCACCAUUACAAGUUUCACGGAAGGAAGCACCAUCGUUGAAUAUACUGUAAGAGCAAGUUCCUUUGGAAAGGGUGAACUUCAAGCACUAGAAAGUGGGAUAUUUACAGACCUGGCAAAUACGUAUUCCAUGAUUUAUCAGAGUUCAACAUUCAUUCCAUUUCAAUCACCCUUUUUGGGAGAAAAAGUGAUUUUGACCUGUGGCCCCAUACCAUUGGUUGUUGGAUUCACUGACCGCUGGACCAUAGAGUGGAAAAUUGGUGACAAGAUGAUACUGGCAGACAGUGUACACAAAAUUGCAAAAAACAAGAAUAGUUCAACUUUAACGAUUGAGAGGUUUUUCAUCACUGAUCAGGGAAAAUAUACAUGUCUCCUGAAAGAAGGAAACGUUUUCAGACAGACAUCCAACGGCGUGCUCUCUGUCAAGGAGACGCCCUUGGUUCAAGUAGAUCCAAUGAAACAAAAGGUGAAGUGUGAGGAUGGGAAUAGUGUGGUACUGGCAUGCACUGUCAACAGCCCCUACAAGGUUAAGCUUCUCCCUGUAGUUUUAGAACCAGCCAAUUCAAUCAGUCAUACCUACGUUGCUGAUUCGACAAAAUGCUCACCCACACCGGUUGUGUUUACUUGCCAAGAGGAGACCUCACCAAAUUUAUUUCAAGAAAAAAUAUCACUGGAGUUAGUCAGAGGGAGCUUCUUAUGUGACGAUCCACGUUUUGGUGUUGGAAAUCUCGAUGACACAGUGGAAUUUUCCUGUGAACCAGACGAGGUGGGACAGAGGAUAGCAGCGUGUCUGGCAAAUGGAAGCUGGGCAAUUGUAGAAAUAAACUGCAUCCUCAAACCAAUUAAACAGCUGCUUGACCAGUCUCAGUUCUUAACCAACAACUCACUGCCUGAAUUCUUGCUAGAACUCAGCAACGUCACUAUCACACUGAGCGCUAAAGUGGUUGUAUCUCCUACCAACAUUAAUGCCAUUGUUGAAAUUCUCACCAAUGUUGCAAACACCGUAACAUCUUCAAAUAUUGAAAUAAAUAAAGACUUAAUGACGGAUGUGCUCAAAACCGCAGGUGUCCUCACCAGAGAUGAAGCAACGAAUUCUUGGGAGACUCUCAACAACAAAUCUGCAAGUAACAGCUCAGUAAUAACAAGUAACUUCACCAACGAAAGUCCCAGCUCCUCAUUGCUGCUGUCUAUUGAGAAUAUAACAAGUAACCUCGACAAAAGUUCUUUCAACAUUGAGACGACGUCCAUUAUCUUGACGAAAACGACAUUCACAGACUCUUUCACUGAUGACUUUAAUUCUUCCGUGGGGAUCGAUAUACCUGAGUCUGAUGGAGUGAAUAAGUCAAUUACUGUCAUAACGUUUUUCUCAAUGGAAAACGUGCUCCCUGCAAGAGCCGUGGACAACUCGACCUCCAAUGUCAUCAACGGGAAAGUUGUGCUGGUUCAAUCCACUGGCAACAUUACUAAUAUUACCAUUGAAUUUAAUAUUAUUAAUGACAGUCUAAAGACUCCUCAGUGUGUUUUCUGGAACUUUGACCUCUUCGGUGGUCUCGGUGGAUGGGACGAUGAGGGCUGCGAGGUGAGCCUCGUCAACGAAACGGUCACAUGUAAUUGUAACCAUCUCACCUCAUUCUCCAUCCUCAUGUCCCCCUUUGGCCUCGACCUCCCUAUUUUGGAUUAUAUAACCUACAUUGGAGUUGGCAUAUCCAUGCUUUCCUUGGUUAUAUGCCUCAUCAUUGAAGCCAUCAUAUGGAGAAAAGUCUGUCGCAACAACACCGCAUUCCUGCGCCAUGUGUCCAUUGUUAACAUCGCUGUGUCUCUCCUGAUUGCAGACAUUUGGUUCAUUAUUGGGGCAGCCAUCUCAGAUGCGGAGGUGAAAAACCCGCCGGCUUGCACUGCAGCCACCUUUUUCAUCCAUUUUUUCUACCUAGCCCUGUUUUUCUGGAUGCUUGCAUCAGCACUGCUGUUACUCUACCGCACCAUCAGUGUCUUUGGUGGGGAUUUGUCCAAAAAUGCCUUGUUAGCCAUUGGAUUUUGUCUAGGCUAUGGUGCACCGCUCAUCAUUGCAGUCAUAACCAUAGCUGUAACUGCACCUGUGGAGGAGUACAUCCGAGAAAAUGAGGCCUGCUGGCUCAACUGGCACAAGUCCAAAGCUCUGCUGGCAUUUGUGAUCCCUGCACUGCUGAUUGUGGUGAUAAACCUGUGCAUCCUGAUUAUUGUGUUGUACAAAAUGUUGAGGAGAAGAGGAGUGGUGGAUUCUGCACACCCAGCAGAGAAGAACGCUCUAGCGGUCAUUGCAAGGACGUUGGCUUUCCUUACACCAUUCUUUGGAUUAACUUGGGGUCUGGGAGUUGGAACAAUGAUUGACCCAUUUAAUAUUGGAAUCCAUAUUGCAUUUGCAUUCUUCAAUUCACUACAGGGUUUCUUCAUACUGGUGUUUGGAACGCUGUUGGACAAAAAGGUGUGGUCAGAAAUAGGAAAAAUGACCUCAUCCAUUGGGACAAGGAGCACCAGUGCUGGAAAUUCAUCAAGUGGACAGGGUUUUUUCCGAAACUGGAGAAGAAGAGAUGGUUACAAUAUCUCGUCUCAUGACUCCGGUGUAUCUAACUCCUACGUCAACACUUGACCAAAUCAGCCAGGUUGCACACAUCUUCUUUACUGCAGUGACACCAAGAGAGCAGAAUGUUAUCUCAGUCAUGAUGUAAUUGUUUUGUUGUGAGCACUGUAGCACAAUGUGAAAAAAAAUAUAUAUUUAUUUAGUAUUACAUUAUGUUUCUUGGAUGUAUUGUAUUGUGUUUUAUUGUACAAUUAAAAAAUGUCAUUGGCCAGUUUGAUCUUCGCUGGUCCUUUUUAAAUAAACCACUGUAUUCUUUGAGCGAAAAGAUAUCAACAGCUGUGGUUAAAUCUGUUAAGGGAUAUCUAUUUUGUUCUGUUAUGGACAAGCCCAUAAAAGGGAGGUUAACUUUAAAGCCCUGGACCGAUAGCCCCAUCAGUUGGCCUUCAGGUAACUCUUUCUCACGCAAGUGCAGAGGGUGGUUGGUCAAAGGCAGCCCCAGUUGUAAGUUAGCCAUUAGAGGUCUUCAAAUCCACAUUUUUAAUGUUCUAUUUUCAGUUCAAUACUCCAAAUGACUGUUGAUGAUUGAUCUUUAAAAAGUAAUGAAAUAGACACUUCAUUGGCGAAGAACUACAGUUGACAGGACACAUUGAAUGGAAACGCUUGAAUGUGUGUUGAUCAGAAACCACCCCACACAACUGCAAUUGCUAGGUCAGAACAGGGUUUAGGUUAGGUUGUGUGUAUGUUCGAGAGAGUAAUUGUAUUCAGUGCAUAACAACAAUGAAAUGUCUACAAAGCAGAUGCAAAAUGGCUCAUUUCGGUUUGCCAAUCAAAUCAGUUACAUCGGGCAAGGUUGUCCUACACGGAUGAGUUGCUGGCAAAGGGAGUAGCAUAAAUUAGUCAGAGAAAACAAAGGUUAGGAUUUAGGAUUUAGAAUUCACGUUAUGAUCUUAAAGGAUAUUUUAAAUGCAUGAUGUCAAAAAGUGUGCGUGCCAAAAAAAGACUUUCCCACACUAACUAACUACUACACACUCAAAAGAGAAUGUAUUUUGUGUAUGAACGCGUAUCAACUGCAGAGAAUGUGAAGCAGAAGCGUCAAUUUUGACUUGGCCCCAUUUGCAGGCACUAAAUCAUCCAACAUUUGCAGCAGUGGUCUUUUCUAAAAACACACAGUGCCAGGGGUGUGACACUUGGUCUCGGCCUUGUCUCAAAGUAUUCUCCGCUAAUUAGAGAGAGAUUAUCUUUUCACACCCUAACACUAGUUGCCAAUUUUAACCUGAAAUACUUGUGAACGUCAUCGCUAAUGGCGAUAUCGUCACAAAUAAACUGAACACAGUUUAAGUGAUUAAUAAAUGAUACAAGUGUAUUUUUUUAUUUUUUUUUUAUAAAGGUUGUGAUUGGAAAAACAAAGCAGCGCAGUUUAAGUAGCACACACGCUGUAUUGAGAGUCACUGCACUUAUGUGUAAAGAACCACUAUGACUUUCACAUUCGUAUUCUACUAUAAUACUGUUUCACUUGUGAAAAUUGUUUGGCGAUUAAAAAAAAAACUUUACUUUCUGUCUGCUUGAUGUAAUUUCCUGAUUUUUUAUUUUUAUAUAAUUUAAAUGUUACAACAUGAUUCUGAGAAUAAUGUUGUAAGAUAUAAUGUGUCACUUCUAUAAAUGAUGCCUGUCAUGAGUUACAUUGAAAGGAUAUUAUUAAUUACAAUUAAAUCCUGUAAAAACCCACCUAA